AUGGCCGGAGAAAACCCACCAAUGAUAGCACUCAAUUCCGACGGUUCUUACACUCGCAAUAUAUCCUUCCCAUCAUCCCAUCCCACACCAGAUAAAGAUUCCGACACUCCAGUGCUCAGCAAAGAUGUAAUCAUCAACUACAUUAACAAAACCAGUGUUCGAAUUCACAUCCCGAAAGAAACUGUAAUCUCCAUGGAAACUCCUUUAAAAAAGCUCCCUCUCAUCGUUUACUUUCACGGUGGAGGCUUUGUUCUCAUGAGUGCAGCUUCAACCAUCGUACAUGAUUUCUGUGACCGUCUGGCGGCCGACCUCCCUGCUGUGGUGGUGUCGGUUGACUACCGCCUAGCUCCAGAAAACCGCCUCCCAGCAGCCUACGACGAUGCUUUGGAGGUUUUGCUUUGGAUCAAAUCAGCCCAAGAUCCAUGGUUGACCAAUUACGCUGACGUGUCGAAUUGUUACAUGAUGGGCACCAGUGCUGGCGCAAACAUAGCAUACCAUGCAGGUGUACGUGUAUCACACCGACUUCACGAGCUUGAAUCAUUGAAAAUCAAAGGAUUGAUCUUGCACCAUGUGUACUUCGGAGGGGAGGAGCGGACGCUGUCGGAGAUACAGCUGGCGGAAGCCGGGCAGUUGACUCUAGCAACUUGUGAUUUCAUGUGGGGUUUGUCGCUGCCGGUUGAUGCAAGCCGUGAGCAUGAGUAUUGCAACCCGAUGGCGGGUGGUGGUAUGGAUGAUAUAAGUCGGAUCAAGGAGGUGGGUUGGAGGGUGAUGGUGAUAGGUUGUUCUGGUGAUUUGUUAAUUGAUCGACAAAGGGAGUUUGCGAAGACUUUAGAGUUGAAGGGUGUGGAGAAUAAGUGUUUGUUUGAAGAAGGUGGUGACCAUGGGAUUGAAUGCUUUGACAAAUCGAAAGCCAAAGAUUUGUUUAAGUGGAUUUCAAGUUUCAUGUCAACUAAUGAGACCUAG